AGGAGACUUCUCUUUUGCAGCACAUUAGAUCAGAUCAAGAUGGAUGAGGCUACUUUGAGAAGUCUUAUACAGGCAUUAGAAACGAUUCACAACCCAACCAGUGCAAAUGAAGCUCGCCGACAAGCGGAAGAUUUUUGCGAGGAUAUGAGGCGUCAUGCAGCGGCACCCAUGUAUGGAUAUUACCUCGCACACAAAGACAAACAGCAACCAGAUGUACUACGCCACUUUGGGGUAGGACUCAUGGAAUACUGUGUUCGCUAUCGUUGGACUGAUGACACUUUAAUUCAAGAGACGAAGGAGUCGCUCAAGCAAGGCGCUAUGUCGCUUAUAUCAGAGGGCCUCAAGCCAAUGCUAGAGGAACAGUCAUUUAUAAAGGAAAAAGUGGCGCGUCUUUUCGUGGCAAUUGCAGAGCGUGAAUGGCCCCUUUAUUGGCCUAGUAUGAAUACUUUCCUGAAAGAGCAGUUCUUUAAAGAUGAAUUAGGAAAAGAAAUGGUAUUGCUGAUUUUAAAAUCGAUUUGCGAGGAUGUUUGGAUUUACAAUGAUCCGCUAGCAGCGCUAAGACAACAGGAAUUGAGGACAGGGCUUUUGGAGAUCAUGGCGAGCCAAGAUAUAUUGAAGAAGCUGUAUCCAGAUGGGUGGGAUAGAGGCAAAAAGGAUAUAGAAUUUAUGUAUGGCGAGGAAGGUAAUGAAGGCUGGACCAAGCGAAUAAGCAGCCUACUGCAGGACAUUCUACCCCAUUGCCAAUCAGAGACCAUAACGCUAAAGGAUGAAAAGCUCGCAGUCGCAGCUUUGAAAACGCUUGCAGUAACUUUGGACUGGAUCCUCUGUCCUACAAUCGCAUCAUCUCCUAUUGUCCAGCUUAUCUGUCAGACUCUGUUGUCGCCUUCCAUAAAGAUCCGUUUGGCUGGCGCAGAGUGUUAUGAUUCCUUAGCAUGCAGAAACAUGACAGAUGUGGAGAGAAAUGAAGUUCUUUGGCCGGUCUUGGACCAAGGUGGAAUGGAUUUGAUAUCAAGAGCUUAUCUGAUGUACGCUACACAGCUUGUGCAAGGAGGAGCCUAUGAGUUUGUACAAAAAAUGGUGCAGGCCACCGUCAAUCUUGGAGAACAACAGCUUUGCGCAAAGCGCAAUACACACGCUCCUAAAGAUCUAUUCAUACUUCUUCAGCUAUUACACUCGAUGGCGUCCCAUCCCUCAGUCUUAAUAGUAUCAAUUGUGACAUUUUUCUGGUCAACUAUCUUGCGUCAUGAAACAUUUUCAAAGAACUCUGUCGUGUGUUCAUUUGCUCCAAAGCUCUUGGAAAUAUACUCUGCCCAUCUAGCAAAGGACAUCAAGAACCGAUGGAAUCGGGACCCUAUUUAUAAACAUUUUGCCAUUAUUGACUUCGACUCCUUUUCUGAAUUUCAAGGGAGAGCUUUGCAACUCUUCCAGAGGGCGGCCGAUGUGAUCCGCCUCGUUGUGCCAAUCAUACCACUAGACGCGUUCUUUUGGGUAGCAAACCGAGUCUCCGAGGUCCUCAUGAUGGAGUUUCCUUUCGAAAACGUCAAGGAAACAUCACAGUUCAAGGUCUUUGAUGGUACUCUCACACUCAUGGAAACAACAGUAUCCAGUCUGACAGAGAUCAUGUCCAAUAAAGCUCAUCCUCAAUCUACACAGUUGCUUGGGGGCAUGAAUUCUGUUCUUAGUGUUAUCAUCGAGUAUGACGGCAAGUGCUCUGUAGCUCUAGAAAGAGUUCUCGCAUCUAUUCCAGCGUUCUCAGAUAUGUUUAAGCAAAAUUCAACGCUGCUAUACCGUUCAUUGGAUAAGCUAUUCAAGGCCGUUGAAUAUCCUUCAUUAGAUAAGUCCCUUUCGAAUGGCGCCCGAAUGAGUGACAUGGCUGCAAAUACCCUUGUUAAGAUUGGUAGGGCAAUCCCUAAUAUACUCUAUCCAAUCUAUGGUGAGAUUGAGUCUGCAAUUCAGCGUUUGGUUGAACAAAACAUUAUUACACAAGGCCUCAAGAAAACUCUCCAAAGUUUUCUGUUAGUUAUUGGAUUCAAUUCAGAUUUACCAGUAAACCAGACUGCUAUCUUUGAAAAAGUCGUCCUACCCGUAAUUAUCGACUUUCAGUCGACGAGCGUAACGGAAGCAUUAUCAACUCCACGAGCAUUUUUAACAUAUGUUGGGGUGGAUGACCUAUGCACAGCAGCCUCCAAAACCCUUCAACCAGUGGAAAUCAACCAACUAAAGGGGACAAUUAUCCAACGUCGACAGAUAAAGAGUCUGGUUGAGGCUUUACACACUUUCAUGAAGGAGACUAUUGAUGUUAAAAACCCUCACACGAUGGAACCCUGGGCAUUUCAUCUAAGCUCGAUCAUGCCCAAUUUGUUUUCAACAAUGCGUUCUCUAAACGCCAUAUGCAAUGAACAGGUAUGGACGAACGUGAAUACGGAUAUUAGGGACCACAUCUUAUCGCUCUCAGCAGAAGACAAGAUCGUAUUAGUGACAGGAAAGACAGCACCCAGCGCUUUCUUUGGACGAUCUGCCGAAUCAGACCUAGUCAAAUUGGCAUUGGAUAUUAAAAUUUGGUUGGCUGUGCUGAGAGAUCAAUCCUAUCGAGUCCUUGCUCAAAUCUCGCUACUCGGAUCCUCGUUCUAUGCGACCCCAUCAUUGCAGGUUAUGUUGGAGCAAUCGUUAUUUGAGCAUGUGGACUUUAUCAAUAAUCGUCAAUUAAGAUUUCUUAUUAACUAUGCGGUACAGCCGCUGGUUAAGAACUGCCCAGAACCCUACAUGGACUCAGUCCUUUCGCAUCUAUUGAUGCAUUUAUUUUCGUAUCUGGAUCAACGCUUACGUAAUGACUGGGCUUUGGCAUCUGAAGAGGGAUUGGUCAUAGAUGAAAUGGAGGAUGAAGGAGACAGUGAAGACGUGGAUAUUUCAGAUGGAAUUGCCAGAGAAGCAAUGCUGCGAGACCUUACGCGAGACGUUGCUAGCUUUGUUUGUUCAAUUUUGGAGUUUGGUAAGCAAAAGCCUAUGAUUCAAGAUCCUGGAAAUAGCGCAACAGCCUCUACGAUCAUGCAGAAAGAAAUCACGCCCCUAGCGUUAUCUAUUUUAUCAAGACAGGCCAUUGCACAAGCCGUCAUCACUCUAUUGUGUCACAUUGUGACUCUCAAGGACACAAAGGCAUGUGUACGCGCAGUGGAUGCCAUUCAGCGUACUCUGGUUGUAUUGGUCCAGAAUUCCCCCGGGACAAAAGAUAUCAUUGGUGCAUUUUCAGCAAUGGUUCUUAAGGCAGCAAUGGAAGCCAUCCACGAUCCUUAUCAUCAAGAGGGCCAAGAAAAAUUAAUUCAACUUAUCACGGAAGUUUAUGUUGAGGUUCGUCCGUAUGAUAUAGCGCCCAAGGCAGUUUUUCAACAGGCGUUAGGUGCAGACAUUCAACGUCUUGAGGAAUUCGAGCAGGAGCUUGCAAAAUCCACCAGUAAUCGAACUAAAAAACAUGCACUUGUGAAAAACUUUUUGCAAAGCAUUAUUGGAGUUGCAAAGUCAGAGUGGUUUAAGCAGAAGUUGGUUGGCGAUAAUCCUACGCCUGGUAGGACUAUUGAUGUAAAGUAUGACCGCCCUUCAAAGUCUGUGCUAGAUUCUGAGGAGCAUGACGACAUUGGCGAGGGUCUUGCAUCGUUGUUUGAUGAAUAAAUUAAAAU